ACGCGGACGGAAUUCCCCCAAAGGCCGACAGAACGCACGCGACGCGGCCCCUCCUGAUCUACCAUAGAACCCCACUCCAUUGUCUUCUGACCCCACCCUCCAUUGGGCACGCCCUUCGCUCUAUCCUCUGCCGCUUAUUGGCUGUAGGUCACGCCCCUCCUCGAUCUCUCGGUCCCCAUUGGCUCCUCUUCCACGUUAUCCUCUCCCGGCGUUUCUUAUUGGCACAGGCCACACCCUCUCAUUUGUCACCAGACCCCGCCUUUGGUACUUGGAGACUCCUCCCCCAUCCAGCCUUCAUUCAUUCGGCAUCUAGUGCUGGGUGCCUGGGACAUGGCAGUGCUUGCCUUCGGGUUCAAGGGUUGGUGGGGGGACAUGGACCUAGGCUCCGACAGUGACAGCCUAGAGCGGUAAAGCAGCUGCCAAAGCAGUGGGACCCUCUAGACGCCGGGAAGGUUUCCCGGAGGAGGUGAGGCCAAAACCGAACCCUGAAGAAUGGUUAAGAGUUUGCUCCAGGGAGACAUUGCGAGGGCAUCCUUGGCGGAAGGACCUGGGACAUGAAAGAAACAGGCGUAUUCUGGUAAUUUCGAGGAGGUAGGUCGAACGAAAGAAGGGGAGAUGAAGGGGACUGGCCCUAGUAGAGGCCUGGAAAUCAGCGAGGAGUCCAGAAAAGCGUACAGUUAGUUGAGGUGAGUGAAGCCUGAGACCUGAAACCUUUUCAAGGAGCUGAUCAUUAGGCAACGUAGAGGAGGGUGGCGAAGAUCAGGUCUAGAUGGGGAAGCAAAGCUCAGGAAAGGAAUGAUUCUACUUCUGAUAAGGAAAAGGGCUUUUGGGUUCAUUCAUUUACUGAGCAACCGCUCUGGGUCAGGCACUGUUAUGGGUUCAGGGAAUACAGCUGUGAACACUGGAAAGGAUAAAACAGAUACUAAGCAUCAAAUUUACUGCACAGGUAUAAAGUGUACUGACCUGAUGGUGAUCAUUGCUACAGGGGAGGGAAGAUUGUGGUGGAGAGGGGAGAGAAGGUUUACUAUUUUUUAGAGAGCAUGUUAGGGAGACUUUUCUACUAGCAUGGUAUUUAUGCAGAGAUUUGAGGAAAGUAAGCGAGCAAUCCAUGCCAUUAUACGGGAGGAAAAACAUUCCAGAGAAGGACACAUGGGUUUGAUAUGCCUGUUAAAAAAUGUUGCAUUGAAACUGGCAAGACUGGUCCAAACUGUAUGGAAGAAGUCUUGGCUCAUGUAUUUAAAACCAUGACAGUGGAUGAGAUCACCUAGGGAGUGAGCAUAAAUGGAGAAGAGGAGAGAAGUUCCCACAAACAAGUCCUGGGAGAUUACUGUGUUAAGAGGUUGGGAGAUAGGGAUGACCAGCAAGAGAAACAAAGAAGGAACAGCCAGUGAGGUGGGAGAACUAAGUUUGAGUGUUUGGAAAGUCAAGUGGAGAGUAUGUUUCCAGGUAAAGUGAUUAACUGUGUCAUGUGCUGUUUCUGAUCAAUAUUAAGGUCACUGGUGACCUUGAUUAGACCAAUUUUGAUGGAGAACACGGAACAAAAAGCUAAUUAAAGUGAAUUUAAGAGAGAACAGGAAAGAGGGAAUUGGAGAUGGGUAUAGAUGACUCUCGAGUUAUUGUGCUGCAACAAGGAGCAGAUGGAGGGAGAUGCAGUGCGGCUGUAGCUGAAGGAGUGUGGGUUCAAGUUUGUUUUGUUUUUUUAAGAUGGAGAAAUAACAGCAUGUGUUUAUGCUGAUGGAAAGAAUCCAGUAGAGAGGAAGAGACUGAUGAUGCAGCAGAGAGGGGAAAUGCUGGAAUUGUGUCCCUGAGCAGGCAAGGGAGCCUGCAGGCUGGAGCCUCCAGUCAGUCUCUGGGGAGAGACUGGAUUGGCCUGAGACCUGGCACAGAGUCAGGGAGGUCGACAGAGUGGGGAGUUGGAGUGACCCGGCUGGAUGUGACCCCCAAGACAGAAUGGUGCUGGACUCGGGGGAUCAGGUGUAUGAGCGGGCACCCCCCAGCCCGUCUGCCAGUCCCCCAUCUCUGCACCAUAGGCUGAAGCCCUCAGACCGAGAUGGGCUACCGCGGUACCCCUGGUCUCAGUCCCUUGCCUUGCCCCUGGCUUUGGCAGUUCCCUCAGUGCUACAGCCCCAGCCUGAGCGGCAACUCUCGUCAAAGCUGCACUUGGGCCCCCGUAGCCACAUGCGUCGCAGUGAGAGCACCUACACUGUAAAUAUUACUAGCCAGCGAGGGUGUGGCACCCAGGGACGGGCCACACCUGGACGAGGACGGAACCCAAGUGGGGGCAACCUGCGGUCUGCAUCCUCCCUGCCUCACAUUGCUAAGACUCGAAGGGAUGCAGGCCAUGGUGCCAGCAAGAGCCCCUGCAUGUUGGUGGCCCUGCGACCAACCAACAUGGACCGUGAACGGGACAAGUUCUUCCAGUCUCAUUACACCUACAAUCCACAGUUUGAGUACCAGGAGCCCAGGCCCACAGCUGUGCUGGAGAAGUACUGUGAGGCCUCUGGACAGUUCAUCCAUCAGGCAGUUGGCAUCAUUGAAGCUGUCCUGGAGAAGUUUGGUACCUAUGAACACUUUGAGGCUACCACCGGGGGCCAGCUGCUGACCAAGUGCCAGAUUUGGUCCAUUGUGCGCAAAUAUAUGCAGAAGGAGGGCUGUGCUGGGGAGGUUGUGGUGCAGCUGAGUGAGGACCUGCUGUCCCAGGCAGUGAUGAUGGUGGAGAACAGCCGCCCCACACUGGCCAUCAACCUGACUGGAGCCCGCCAGUAUUGGUUGGAGGGCAUGCUGCGGCACGAGAUAGGCACCCACUACCUGCGGGGCGUGAACAACGCGCAGCAGCCGUGGCACAACGCCGAGGGCCGGCUGCGGUACGGGCUGCGGCCGGCUAACCCCACGGAGGAGGGCCUGGCCAGCCUGCACAGUGUCCUGUUCCGCAAGCAGCCGUUCCUGUGGCGCGCCGCGCUGCUCUACUACACCAUCCACCGCGCCGCGCGCAUGUCCUUCCGGCAGCUCUUCCAGGACCUGGCGCGCUACGUGCAGGACGCGGACGUGCGCUGGGAGUACUGCGUGCGCGCCAAGCGCGGCCAGACAGACACCUCGAAGCCGGGCUGCUUCAGCAAGGACCAGGUGUACCUGGACGGCAUCGUGCACAUUCUGCGACACCGCCAGACCAUCGAUUUCCCGCUGCUGACCUCGCUGGGCAAGGUGUCCUAUGAGGAUGUGGACCACUUGCGGCCCCAUGGGGUGCUGGAUAAUACCCGGGUGCCCCACUUCAUGCAUGACUUGACACGCUACCGGCAGCAGCUGGAGCACAUCAUGGCCACCAACCGGCUGGAUGAGGCGGAGCUGGGCCGCCUGCUGCCGGACUGAUGUUGGUUGAGGGCUCCAGAUCGGCCCCCAGAACAUGAAGCUGUCUGCUCUGUGCUUCCA